AUGUCUACUCCUGCUACUGUCUCUGCUGCCUCUCCCGAUAAUCUAUCCUCAAAUCACUCUGCAUUCAAAAGGCAAGCGUCCGAGCAGCUGUAUCUCACGGUGCUCUCAGAACCAGAUGAACUCGCCUUCCUGAGUGCGGCUGCUAGUAUAAAUUCCCGAUGCCAUACUCCUGUGGACUGUGAUGGCAGCCAGAUAUCAGCUUCAUCGUCUCCCCGAUCAAGUACCAAUUGGCACGGGCCAGCGGACUCAUUACAUCGCCGCUCAGAAUCCCCGCAAAACAUAAAUCUCGAAUUUAUGACUACCGGUGAUGAGGAUUACUUCGCACAGUGGUUGAAUGACAAUUACAUAGAGGGCGACCAACAGAAUGCCGGUCUCGGCUCGAAGAUAAAUUCAGGGACGUCACAGCUGCUCAGCCCUGGUCUCACGAAUGACGUUAAUACUCCUUCUGAUGUUGAAGACAAUGCGGCCAUGACCGAAAUAGUUAACCACCAAACAACAACAUUGGAAGAUGGGAAGACCAGAACAGACUCCAGCUCCGGUUGUAAUGCCGCAGCAUCAUCGCAACUUGCACCGUAUUCCCUGAAUAUGAAUGGUGCUGCAACAGGAGAGACUCUGCCUGUGAUCACAAGCCCUGUUGUGACAGUGUCAGCCUACAGCCGCGGUGACUCACCUCAUGCAGAUGCCCGAUUCAGGAGUGCAAGCAUAUCGUCCAGCCUAUCAAACCAGGGCCAGAGACGUCGUCGUGGUUCCGAAGAUCACGCACAGACACUCAUGAGCCCUCCAUCUUUGCGUGCAGAGGAUGGAUCGUGGGUACCCGACUCCGCUACUGGUCAUGCCGGAAUCGAUCCCCUUUCGAGGGGGGAUACUCAGAUCCAGAGCCCUAACCAGGUUGAGGAACAGCGCAAAAUCGCGGAGAAGAAUGCGGAUAUUCAGACGUGGUCCGCUUCAGUUAUUAGACCCAGGGCAAGAAGUACUGGUAAUCUAAGUCACCGCAAAGAUUAUUUUGACACCGCGCCUGGGGACCUACAUUUUGAUGACUCGCACAUACCAGGGCCUGGGAUCCUAAUCAACGAGCCAAGCGAUGAUGAGAGCGAUGUUUCAAGUGAAGAGGAAUCUUCUGCCGAAGAUGUCAUCCCAACAGAAGAGCCCUUGAGACCUGAGCCUGAACCAGAACCUCACCAGUUCUUCCGACCUUAUCCAUGGUACGACCCGCCUCGAGACCAUAGGACGACGGCGUCAAAAGAGCACCCUGAAAGCUCCAAUGCUGCAAUCGUGGAGUUCUUGAAAAAGGCUAAGGAUGUGGAGACAGCGUCUCGGGUAGCAACCUGGGGAACUCGAAGGAAGAGCGACCCAGAAGUCGGGAGUCUCAAGCCAGCAGAGGGUUCAUCCAGUAAGCCCACUGUGGUCGGAGAACGAAGAAACAGCCUUUUCAAACGUAUACCGCGGAUGGGUGACAGCAGUACCAAAAGGAAAAUGUCCGACUCUCACCAGCAAAGGCAGGAACCUAUCUGCAUUGGCGGAGACAAUAAAAUUCAUGAAAGAAAAGGUAGUUUUACCUUUGGGAUACCGUCUCCCCAGCGUAAAUUAAGCGUUGGGCGAUCCAAGUCAACGUCUCUAAAUACGAGCAGUGCCUUAGUCGCUAUGACGGGCCAAAUGGCUGCCGUUGGGAAAAGCACCUCAUCUGAUUCAGCAUUUGGAUCUUUGGCACCUCGAUUUAGCAGGAAUAGGAGCAAAAGUGACAUCUCUAAGACAUCAAAAUUUGGGAUUAUAGAGUUAAUUUCUGGACAUGGAGGACCGCCUGUGGCAAAUAUCAGAUCUCCGACUCUUGCAGCCCCCAGCCACGGUGCAGCGCAUGAGAGUAUAGGUCAUAAUAACGCCGAGGAGAAAAGGCUAACUCUCAGGCAAAGGACGGUGACAAUGGACUUCUCAAUACAGUCACAAACACCUCUACCCACCAUUGAGGGCUUCAGAAAGCAAGUCGAAAAACUCAAUCCGCGCAUGCAUCCCUGCUUGAUUGAACGUCUUGCUCGUGAACAGGUUAGUCGCUACAAGAGUCUAAGGGAGGCAAAAGCGAAACAUGCACUCGCAGUCAAGCAGAACAACUGCAAUGCCGGCAAUCAUUGCUUCGCUCUCGGUGGACAGGCGACCCUGCUAUCCCCGAAAACUAAUGGGCUUGACCCCGAUACUACCUGUUCUCAGUACCAAAUACCUGGGCACGAGACAAGUGACAACGAGUCUAACGCAGUCCCUGAGGGCAUUGUUGCUUCUGCUCAGUUCCCUUCAGGCGUACCUUUGCCUCCUGUCAAGCGCUUGCCUGCUGAGUUCGAAUGCACGCUAUGCUUCGAAGUCAGGAAAAUCAUGAAGCCAUCAGACUGGACGAAACAUGUCCAUGAGGAUAUUUAUCCAUUCACAUGUACUUUCCCGGACUGUCCCCAGGCAAAAAAAUCAUUCAAAAGGAAAGCCGACUGGGUUAGACAUGAGAACGAAGUGCAUCGGAAGCUGGAAUGGUGGACCUGCAGCUUCCAAGACUGCCAACACCUGUGCUACCGGAAAAACAAUUUUAUUAAGCACCUCGAAAGAGAACACGGAAUUCUUGGGCCUGGAGCAAGGAAAACAGCUGCCAGGAAAGCGAGCGUCAAAGAUGAUAUUGACGGUUCCGACGGUGAACGGGAUAUGAGCGGCAUUGCAAGUUCAAACGAAUUGUGGCAACUCGUGGAAUCAUGUCGCCAUGAGACGACAAAGACACCACAAGAUGAGCCCUGUCGAUUUUGUGGUAACGUUUGCAGUAGCUGGAAAAAGCUCACUGUACAUCUUGCGAAACACUUGGAGCAGAUCGCCAUGCCUGUUUUGCAGAUCUUGAAAGACGUCGAAGUGCCAGCCGACGCAACCGCAGAAUCUUCUGUACCAGGAAGCGACGGUCAAAAUAUGGAUCCAUCAAUGCACUACAGAGAUAUCGGGGCCAUGGCAUCUCCCAUCCCAGCGGCUGUUAAGAUGGAACAAGACGUGGUGACCGGUUUAUCGCAGGUCCCAACCUUCAAUAAUCUAGCUUAUCGGAUUGAAAGUCUCGCCGCUGCGCCUGUUUCAGCUUACACAAGUCAGCCACCGACUCAUAAUCAUUUGGGCAACUACAUGCAAUCUCAAACACCGGUGUUCAAUAACACUUCAUCGUCUCAUCUUAAUGUGCCCGGUUUCGGGACAUGGAACUCCUUUGCAGGCCAACAAGAAUUUGCGUAUAGUCGCGGAGACUCUGUCACUUAUCCUCCAGUUUCCAUGCCGGGAACCUUCAGUGAACCGAACCACAACCCCGCAGCUCGUUCUUAUCCCCCAAGGAAUUCGACGACGCAACUAGAUACUAGCAUUACGGUUUAUGAUCCCGACCAACCGCUCUGUGCGUCUCCUACAGAUAAUCUUUGCCCAUGGCCAGCCGACCGUCAGGGAAGAUAG